AUGGUAACCAUUCGUGCAGAUGAAAUAAGUAAAAUUAUCCGUGAACGCAUUGAGCAAUAUAAUACCGAAGUAAAAAUUGUAAAUACGGGUACCGUACUUCAAGUAGGCGAUGGUAUUGCUCGUAUUUAUGGUCUUGAUGAAGUAAUGGCGGGUGAAUUAGUGGAAUUUGAAGAGGGUACAAUAGGCAUUGCUUUGAAUUUGGAAUCCAAAAAUGUUGGUGUUGUAUUAAUGGGUGAUGGUUUGAUGAUACAAGAGGGAAGUUCGGUAAAAGCAACAGGAAGAAUUGCUCAGAUACCAGUAAGUGAGGCUUAUUUGGGUCGUGUUAUAAAUGCCCUGGCUAAACCCAUUGACGGUCGAGGAGAAAUUUCAGCUUCGGAAUCUCGCUUAAUCGAAUCUCCCGCUCCCGGUAUUAUUUCCAGACGUUCCGUAUAUGAGCCUCUCCAAACAGGACUUAUUGCUAUUGAUUCGAUGAUCCCCAUAGGACGUGGCCAGCGAGAAUUAAUUAUUGGAGACAGACAAACGGGUAAAACAGCAGUAGCCACAGAUACAAUUCUCAAUCAACAGGGACAAAAUGUAAUAUGCGUUUAUGUAGCUGUUGGUCAAAAAGCAUCUUCUGUGGCUCAAGUGGUGACUACCUUACAAGAAAGAGGAGCAAUGGACUACACUAUUGUAGUAGCUGAAACAGCGGAUUCUCCAGCUACAUUACAAUACCUUGCCCCUUAUACAGGAGCAGCUCUGGCUGAAUAUUUUAUGUACCGUGAACGUCACACUUUAAUUAUUUAUGACGAUCCCUCCAAACAAGCACAGGCUUAUCGCCAAAUGUCUCUUCUAUUACGAAGACCGCCUGGUCGCGAAGCUUAUCCAGGGGAUGUUUUUUAUUUGCAUUCGCGUCUUUUGGAAAGAGCCGCUAAAUUAAGUUCUCAGUUAGGCGAAGGAAGUAUGACUGCUUUACCAAUUGUGGAAACCCAAUCGGGAGAUGUUUCAGCUUAUAUUCCUACUAAUGUAAUUUCCAUUACAGAUGGCCAAAUAUUCUUAUCCGCCGAUCUAUUCAAUGCUGGAAUCAGACCCGCUAUUAAUGUCGGUAUUUCCGUUUCCAGAGUAGGAUCGGCAGCUCAAAUUAAAGCCAUGAAACAAGUCGCUGGUAAAUUAAAAUUGGAAUUAGCACAAUUCGCAGAAUUAGAAGCUUUUGCACAAUUCGCUUCUGAUCUCGAUAAAGCUACUCAAAAUCAAUUAGCAAGAGGUCAACGAUUGCGCGAGUUGCUUAAACAAUCCCAAUCAGCUCCUCUUACCGUGGAAGAACAAAUAAUAACUAUUUAUACCGGAACGAAUGGUUAUCUUGAUUCAUUAGAAAUUGGACAGGUAAGGAAAUUUCUCGUUGAGUUACGCGCUUACUUAAAGACGAAUAAACCUCAAUUCAAAGAAAUCAUAUCUUCUACCAAGACAUUCACUGGGGAAGCAGAAGACCUUUUGAAGGAAGCUAUUCAGGAACAGAUGGAACUCUUUUUACUCCAGGAACAAGUAGAAAAAAAUUGA